UCCCCCGUGUCUUCGAGCUCCAGAAGCGCAUGCGUUGUAAGCCCAUGUGGGAAUGGCUGAUCUGGGAUCGGGGGGUUGGGCCGCUAAACACGAGCGGACCGUUAAAGAGUGUUUUUAAUGUCCGCCAUGUUGGCCAUGGCGCACUGAGCCUGGAAUCAGGGACCGGAGCGCGCUGGAAACACACACCGAGAGAGAGCGACCGACACCCGGCCUCGCGCCUCCGCUCGCCCCGCCACCUCCACCGAGCGACCCGUGCACUGCUGGACACCGAACCGGCAUCAUCCAUGAGAACUUUAAUCGGACGAGUAGGGAACAUUAGGGGAUCGGAUAGAUUUAUGCUGCAUCUCGAAUUAUAAAGAAAAAUGAGUAAACUGUCGUUUCGGGCGCGGGCGCUGGACGCUUCCAAGCCUCUACCCGUCUUCCGCUGCGAGGACCUGCCCGACCUGCACGAAUAUGCGUCUAUUAACCGGGCAGUGCCACAGAUGCCCACGGGGAUGGAGAAAGAGGAGGAAUCGGAGCACCAUCUCCAGCGGGCCAUCUCUGCUCAGCAGGUGUACGGGGAGAAGAGGGACAAUAUGGUGAUUCCCGUCCCAGAGGCCGAGAGCAACAUCGCCUACUAUGAGUCCCUCUACCCGGGGGACUUCAGGAUGCCCAAACAGCUCAUUCACAUACAGCCAUUCAGUCUUGACACAGAACAGCCAGAUUAUGACCUGGACUCUGAGGACGAGACAUUUGUAAAUAAACUGAAGAAGAAGAUGGAUGUGGGAGCCCUGCAGUUUGAAGAGAUGAUCGACCGGCUGGAGAAAGGCAGCGGACAGCAGGUACCAGAGGCAGGCAGAAUUGGGAAUAAUCAGAAGAUUUGGAUUUUAAUCAUGGUUGAGCUUGUUUUUAAUGGUUGUUAUGGUACUGAUCUGUACUGUUGUUUGGCACAGGAGUGUGUAUUGUUUAAGCUCAUUGAUGUGUUCAUUUGUGUGUGUGUGUGUGUGUGUGUGUGUGUGUGUAGGAACAGCAUGGCUGAUUUCGGAGGAGAGGUGAUGGCGGAGGUUCUGGCUCAGAGAGCUCUGGAGAAACCAGUCAUCCCUCUGAUCCCAAUCACCAACAGCAACCAGUACAGACACACAGAGCAUGACCGGGACUACAAGAUCAAGAUGGAUAAACCAGAGGUUGUGCGGCAGAAACGAAAGUAUGAGAAGAAGGCCAAGCCAUUGCCGUUGGCAGGCUCUGCCCAUUCAGGCCCGGCAGUCUUUAACACUAAAGACCUCAAUCAGUAUGACUUUCCCAGCUCAGACGAUGAGCCCUACUCACAGAUGUUCUCUGGCUCUUCAGAGGUCGAGGAGGAGAAUGAUCCAGAUGGUGUGUUUGGGUUCAGGAGGAGAACAGGCUGUCAAUAUCAUGCUACUCGUUCGGGACCCGUGGGCGGUUGGCCCUGGUCAGACCCUGCCGAGGGUGGGGUAGCAGAUGUGCGAUAUCGCUAUUCUCUCACCACGCUCACGGUGCCACGGCGAUGCCUGGGGUUGGCACGGCGACGAGUGGGUAGAGGGGGCAGGGUUUUAUUGGACCGAGCCGACUCUGAAUGCGAUACUGUGUAUCAUGGGCUGGACCCGGAUUCCCCCACAUUCCCAUCGUUGUCUCCCACCCAGCAGCCCAGCACGGAUACCUCACAUACCAGCACAGAUACCUCUGCCCCCUCCUCCACUUCACCGGGCCUCACGCAAAUCCUGCUCAAUAUCAAAGCCUGUCGCUGGAGGCAUUUCAAGCCUCGGACGGCACCACCAGACGACCCCGACAAUCCUGAGCACUGGUCUGCACGGAGACCCCGCCGCGGCUUCCUCAUCCGCCCUAUCAGCACGCUUCAGACACAGAGAGGCCCUGGCUCCUCCACCAAACCACGUGUCCCUCCACUCACACCGGCUUUCACCGCUGAGCAGUACCAGCAACACCAGGAGCAGCUGGCACUGAUGCAGAAACAGCAGGUGGAACAGGUUCAGCUACAGCAGCAGGCCGGCAGCACAGCCAUCACUAACAACCCCCAGAGUUUGGUGUCAAAGACGAUAGACGCUGCCAGUGCUCAGUUUGCUGCCUCUGCACUAGUGACUCCUGACCAACUGAUGGCGCUCAAGAGUAAAGAUGAGGGACUUGGUGUCAAUGGAGUUGUCUCAGCCUCAGGCGUCUAUAAGAGCUUACAUCACACAAGCUCUGCAGUGUUUGCCGGCCCUACCUCCACCUCAUCCCCCUCCCCCGCUGCCACCACCACCACCACUAACAAUGGAACCUCCUCGGCCAAUCAUCACGUCGGCACGUCUGGCCCCGCCCCUGGUCAAGCGCUGAUGGGCGGGGCCGUGAGAGUAAGCGUCCCCUCACCAGCAGGCACCUUGAGUGUGCGGCAGCUGCAGCGUCAGCUCACUGUUCCCGCCUCUGCCCUAAAACUCGCUGCCAACGCCAACAGACCCAUCCCAAAAGUCACCCCAGGGUCAACUACCCUCGACAUGGGGCCCAGGGAAAAUCACGAUCAAGAGAAACCUCCGUUAAACAGUCUGACAGACAACACAGUUGCCAUGGAGGUCACGUAGCCCCGCCCCCUCGAGCGUUCACAAACCACCUCUCAAUCGGGGCGUCUUCUUUAGGUGCUAUGCAUCAUAGCGACGCUGUUUCCGUGGCAGCCGUUGGGACUUAAUUGCAAUGCUCAUCUUUUUUGUUUUUGUCUUUUUCCAAAAUUUUGUUACUGUUAAGAUAUCAACAUCUGUAAAUUAUGAAAUAUGGAAAAUAUUCUAUGUACAUACAUAUUUGUAAUACACCCACUUGUAUAUAACAUUACUUGAAUACAGAAAUUGUUCAUUUGUGAUGUUUUGCACUUGGGGAAAAAAUCUGAAAAAAAACUGCGAUUUUCGUAGUGUGCGUGUCGGAGAUUGUGAAUGUUCAAGUGUUUGUGAGACUAUCUGAAUGUAUGCGUCACAUGCAUGGUGCAAAACCUGCUGUUUUAUCUAUUUAUUGUGAGGUGUUUACAGUUUUUUUGUUUUUCUCCCUUUAAAUUCUAAAAAAAAAUAUUUGUUUUAAUACACUGUAACCUCCUGGGUUUCUGAGCAGUGUAUGUGUGAGCGUGUGUGUGUGUAUGUAGCUAAAGCAGUUGUAUGUGAACAUCUCUUGUUGGAAAAAAAGCAGCAGGGGUUCAUCUGUCUGUGUCUCUCUCUCUCUUGUGGCUGCUCCCACUCCACUCAAGCACUAUUUUAUUUUUUAUUUUUUAAAUCAAUGCUGCUUUUGUAUGAUUUCUGAGUCUUUUUUUUUUUCUGGAAUCUGAGAGACCCUUUUUCAUCUGGGGUUUGUGAAACUUAAGUGGGAUUAUUUUUUAUUACCUCUGUUUUUGAUGACCGAUUGUACGUCCCCUGUGUUAUGGAGCGAGUCUGUUAUUUGUGUGUAACAGUAGUUCAUAAGGGAGAGGACUACAGUGACAUCUCGGUAGGUUUCUUUAUCAUCAUCAUCAUCAUCAUUCCACUUUAUAUGAAAACGAACAAAAAAGGGACGUUUUGUUUCCUGUAAGACUUCAUGGUGGCACCCGUGCUGUGGGGCCAGCAUGAGCUCUCUUCUGUGAAGAGGAUGGUACCUCACAAGGCUACUCGUAGUUGUUGUUUGUAUGUACCACAAUCUGAAUGCCCGUUCCAAUGGCAUCAUCUAUCUUUGAGGUGUUUUUUUUUUUAGUCCCACCUGGAAGAAUGAAUUAAAAAAAAACUUAUAUGACAAAAAAUGUUUAAUAAACCCAGGGCAUUAAGUGUUUGACCAGCACAA